CCGCAUGCUGAGCACAGUUUUUCGGCGAACAAUGGCGACUGGACGGCAUUUUAUCGCAGUAUGUCAAAUGACAAGCGACAACGAUCUGGAAAAGAACUUUCAAGCCGCGAAAAAUAUGAUCGAAAGAGCCGGAGAAAAGAAGUGCGAGAUGGUUUUCCUACCAGAAUGCUUCGAUUUCAUUGGGCUCAACAAAAAUGAGCAAAUCGAUUUGGCGAUGGCUACGGACUGUGAAUAUAUGGAAAAAUAUCGGGAGUUGGCGAGAAAACACAAUAUUUGGCUUUCACUAGGAGGCCUUCAUCACAAGGAUCCAUCAGACGCUGCUCAUCCAUGGAACACCCAUCUGAUCAUAGAUUCCGAUGGAGUAACUCGUGCUGAGUACAACAAGCUUCACCUCUUCGAUUUGGAGAUUCCUGGAAAAGUACGAUUGAUGGAGAGCGAGUUCAGCAAGGCUGGCACUGAGAUGAUUCCUCCAGUUGACACCCCUAUCGGACGUCUCGGACUCUCAAUUUGCUACGACGUUCGCUUCCCAGAGCUGUCCUUGUGGAACCGUAAACGCGGCGCCCAACUGCUCUCAUUUCCAAGUGCAUUCACACUGAAUACAGGUCUUGCUCACUGGGAAACUCUGCUUCGUGCCCGGGCAAUCGAGAAUCAGUGCUAUGUGGUGGCGGCUGCUCAAACUGGGGCCCACAAUCCGAAACGACAGUCUUAUGGGCAUUCGAUGGUUGUUGAUCCGUGGGGCGCUGUUGUUGCACAGUGUUCCGAGAGAGUUGACAUGUGCUUUGCUGAAAUCGACUUGAGCUACGUGGACACUCUUCGUGAAAUGCAACCAGUAUUCUCCCACAGACGCUCCGAUCUCUACACACUUCACAUAAAUGAAAAAUCUUCUGAAACUGGUGGCCUGAAAUUCGCCCGAUUCAAUAUUCCAGCUGAUCAUAUUUUCUACAGUACUCCGCACUCAUUUGUAUUUGUCAACUUGAAACCAGUCACUGAUGGACACGUUCUUGUAAGCCCAAAACGAGUAGUCCCAAGAUUGACCGACUUGACUGAUGCUGAGACUGCCGACUUGUUCAUCGUCGCGAAAAAGGUUCAAGCAAUGCUGGAGAAGCAUCAUAAUGUGACGUCGACGACGAUUUGUGUGCAAGAUGGGAAGGAUGCUGGGCAGACUGUUCCACACGUUCACAUUCAUAUCCUUCCCCGCCGCGCCGGAGACUUUGGCGAUAACGAAAUCUACCAAAAACUUGCGUCACAUGAUAAGGAGCCCGAGCGAAAGCCACGAUCCAAUGAACAGAUGGCAGAAGAAGCGGUGGUGUAUAGAAAUCUUAUGUAGAAACAAUUGUGUGAUUAUUAUAUUUAUGAAUAAAUAGAUUAUUAU